AUACAGAACUCACGCAUGACCAUGCCGAAGAAAAAGGGGAGCACCGGAGAAGGAACGGAGAGUCCAAAAAGAGGACAAAGAGAAAAUGACAAAUUGAAGAACAAAGCGCAUAAUAUUGACGAGAUCCCAUGCAUUAAUGACAGGGAUAUUAAUUGA